AUGUCCCCGACCUCGCCAGCAAUCCACCUCCUAGACGGCGGCCUCGGCACGCUCCUAACCGACACAUACAACAUCACAUUCGACGCCUCGACACCCCUCUGGUCCUCACACCUACUCCUCACGUCCUCCGGCCGCGAAACGCUGCUGUGCGCUCACCGCACGUUCGUAGACGCAGGCGCGGAUGUGGUGCUUAGCGCUACGUAUCAGGUUUCGUUUAGGGGGUUUGGGGUUAUCGAUGAGGGGAUUGGGAGACGGGGGGAGGCGGAGGGGUUGAUGAGGAGGGGUGUGGGGAUUGCGGGGGCGAGUUUUGGGGGAGGGAGCUCGAGGGGAAGAGGGAAGGUGGCGUUAAGCUUGGGCGCGUAUGGCGCGACGAUGGUUCCGGGUGCUGAGUAUAGUGGGGUGUAUGAUGAGGGGUUUAGGAGCGUGGUGCAGUUGGGAGAGUGGCAUGCUGAGCGGAUUAGGGUCUUUGGGUGUGGAGGUGGAAAUGGAGGUGGAAGUGGGAGUGGAGAGGAGGGAGAUGAGAAUGAGAAGGAGAAGAGGGAGUGUUGGGAUAUGGUAGAUUUUGUGGCUUUCGAGACGAUUCCGAGACUUGAGGAGGUGCUGGCUGUGAGGGGAGUGAUGGAUAAGUUGCCACAGGGCAUGGAGAGGGAUUAUUGGAUUUCUUGUGUGUUUCCUGGGGAGGGGAAUAGGUUACCUGAUGGGAGUACUAUCAGGGAGGUUGUAGGUGCUAUGCUUGGGGGAGAGCGGAGGAGGCCCAGGGGGGUUGGGAUGAAUUGUACGAGGGUGGGAAAGGUGGAGGGGUUGGUGAGGGAGUUUGAGGAUGCGGUAUGUGAGUUAGGGUUAAGUGGCGAGGUGGCUUUAGUUAUGUAUCCGGAUGGGACGAGGGGGGAAGUGUAUAAUACUAGUACUCAGGAAUGGGAGAAGAUUGAGGGGGUAGAAGAGAGUGAGGUUCCUUGGGAUGAAAUGGUGUUUGGGAAUGUUAAGAGAGCGAGGGAUCGAGGAGUGUGGAAAGAGAUCUUUGUGGGUGGUUGUUGCAAGACGACGCCUGAUCAUAUUGCAAAAUUACGGAAACGUAUAGAUGAGAUAGAUGAUGUUUGA